GUGUUAAAAAUAAGAGUAAACGAAUAUGUGUAUAUCCAUAAAAAUGCUGACGCGACGUGUUUCCACGUGUUCUUUUUUUUCCCUUCUCACAAAAUCUGUCUCGUUAUUUUCAAUUUUCGAACAAGUCGAACAUAAUUUGUAGGAGGAAUUUAUCGAGCGGAACAGAAUCUCGAACGGAAAAUGGACGCGUAAGAACGUUGAGAAAUUUGCAACGCGAAAUAUACAACUCCGCAUCCGGGCGUACAAACGACCAUCAUCAACGAAGAAUUUGCAUACGCUAAUUCAAUCAUGACGACUGACAAAAAAAUCGAAGUAAGACAACAAUUUGUGAAAGUACCGGGUCCGGAUUUCGAGCCGUCGGAGCGAUGGCGAAUUAUGAGGAACAUCCUGGUGAUCGGCUGCGCCUUCAUGGUGCUCUUCACCGCCUUCAUGGGAGCCGCGAAUCUACAGAGCUCAAUCAAUGCGGAUCAGUCGCUCGGCACAUUUACCUUAUCGGCGAUUUACGGCAGUCUGCUCUUCAGCAAUAUUUUUCUACCCGCUCUGGUUAUAAGCUACUUAGGCUGCAAGUGGACAAUGUCUGUCGCUAUAUUCGCUUACAUGCCUUUCAUAGCGUCCCAGUUUUAUCCAAAAUUUUACACGAUGAUUCCCGCCGGUUUAUUGGUCGGAUUGGGCGGAGGGCCGCUUUGGUGCGCGAAGUGCACUUACUUAACCGUAAUAGCGGAAGCCUAUUCGACCGUCUCGGACAUAGCCACGGAUGUUCUUGUCACGAGAUUCUUCGGUCUCUUCUUCAUGUUCUAUCAAAUGGCACAGGUGUGGGGGAAUCUUAUAUCUUCAGCAGUUCUCUCGUAUGGAAUCGAUACAAUCGCCACGAACGCGACUCUGAAUAGCAGCAUCGUAGCGGAAACUUGCGGUUCAAAUUUCUGCGGAGUAUCUAACGUGGAAGACGAAAAUCCUAAUCUACAACCACCUCCGGUAGAACGGAUACACUUGAUUUCCGGAAUUUAUUUAGGUUGCAUGAUAGUGGCCUGUUUAAUAAUCUCGUUCUGCGUCGAUCCCGCAACCAGAUACGACAAAAACCGAGCGCGCUCGGUGAAAGGAUCGUCCGGAUUCAAGCUACUGGCCGUGACAUUAAAAUUGUUGAAAGAGAAGAGCCAACUUUUAAUACUCCCAAUAACGUUGUUCAUCGGAGCUGAGCAAGCCUUUCUAUUCGCCGAUUAUAACGCUUCAUUUGUUUCCUGUGCCUGGGGCAUUAGUAAUAUCGGAUACGUAAUGAUAUGUUUCGGCGUAACGAACGCGAUAGCUGCUCCGAUUACUGGAGCGAUUGUAAAAUUGACCGGGAGAGUACCGGUGAUGAUUUUUGCGUUUUGUUUGCACAUGGCUCUUCUAAUCUUCAUGUUACAAUGGAGACCGACGCCGGAACAGGGCAUCGUCUUUUUUCUGAUCUCGGGUAUUUGGGGUAUGUGCGACUCGAUCUGGCUGGUUCAGAUCAAUGCAUUAAGUGGUAUUUUAUUUCCUGGUCAAGAAGAGGCAGCCUUUUCCAACUUCCGCUUAUGGGAGUCUACUGGUUCCGUGAUAACGUACGUGUACAGUCCGUAUCUUUGUACCAAUAAAAAAUUGUACAUUUUAAUCGGAGUACUGUGCGUUGGAAUGAUCGGUUACAUUAUUAUCGAGUGGUCAGGUAGAACGAACAAAGCGAAAAUUGCUAACGAAAAGUCCGAAUUCGAGUUAGUAAAUAAAAGGAAGUCAAUCGAUCAAUCGUGAAAGUAAUGCGGAUAUUGUUUUGCUCGAUUAAUGAAAUUGUAGAAAAUCUUGUUUUUAAACCUUUUAGUUAGUAAUAAUUUGUUCUGGACAUUAUUGGAUAUAUUACUGAUUGUGCCAAAAUAGAAAUUGCAGGAAAGAUAUAUAAAAAUAUAUAUAUUUGAUAAAAUUUGUAAAACGUAAUUCUAGUUAUAAGUUAUAGAAAUAAUUUUUUAUAUAGACAGAAUGCAGUCUAUAAUAGAUGUAGAGAAAAAAAGAAUGUGGUUUUGACAAUAUGAAAUAAAAUCAUCAAAAGAGGAAGAAAUUAUUUGUUUGUGAUUUAUAAACAAUCUUUUGCGCGUAGAACAAUAGGUACGACUUUUUGUUAUUUGUACCACAAUAUAUGUUUUUAUUUUAUUUUUGUGGACACCUACUAAAUUUUACACAGGUAUUCGCUUAACAGCUAAGAUUCUUCACCUUCAUUUUAAAUACGUAAUUUAAUGUUACAUCGUGUGCCUAAGUGCUAACAUUCAAGCUAGAGCUACGGCUGCUUAAUUUAAUUGUAUAUUUAUGUGCUUAAUUGCCGACUGUGUUGUUUAUUUUUCGUUGCCAAGAUCAAUUGAUUCCCUCCUUCUCCUUCCCUCCUCCCCCGCCUUUUCAAGACAGCUUACCGAGUUGCUCGAUUUUUCUCCACAGUGUGUCGACCGAUGUGCGCUGUGCUCUCCGCGACACAGUUGCAAUGUCGAAUCAAUUGAUCGGCGAGUCGUAUUUUAGCGUCGUUUAAAUUGCUGAUUGUAUCGUGAUUAUUAGCUUAACUUUGCGUUCAUCGUAUUUACAAUUCAAGUUCUGCAGUUCAGUUAUAUACUUUAUAAAACGUAGUAGGAACUUUGGUUUCGCUGGACAAUGUUUCAGAAGCAGUUUCCUCUCACUGAUUCGUGACUCUGUUUUUUUUGAACUCGAUACAGCUUUGCUCGAUACUUUAUUUUUUAUUUUUAUUUUGUUUUUGUUUGCUAAUUCAAGGUCAUGAUGUGCAACUACUCGUUUUUGGUUUGUUCGGUCUAUCUUUAAUUCACGAAAAAUCACACCGGAUAAGAGAAAGUGUAUAAUUUAAACUGGAAACUGCUAUAAAACAUUCGCCCGUGGAUCUAUCUUCCUUAGAAGUAUGACACUCACGAAUACAAUUCACAUUUUUGUUGUAAUACUCAUGUUUAUAUUUUUUUUUUCAGAAGGAUCUAUUUUGAAUAUUUCAGUUUUACGAAGAAAAUACACAUGAUUCGUAAACCGUUUCCACGUUUUUUUUUUUUUUUUAAUUUUAUCACCACCGUACGUCUCUCUCGACGCUCUGUGCUCUUUUUUCUCUCUCUUUCUCU